CACGCUGAGGCUGUCAGUGACAUCUGACUGCAGAGAGAAGGGAAGAGGGAGGAAUAACAGAGACACAGGGAGAGAAGACUCACAAAGGGAAAAAAGAGACAAUCUUGAGGAGAGGGACAGGUAGAGAUAUACUGCCCAUUGGAGGCAGGUCUGCCAUAUUAUAGAUACAGUCAAACUUCAACCUUAACCUGGAUGAUCUGCUCCCUGUGACGAGCCUACAGACAGCAACACAUUAUCCCUGCCAGAGACUGUGACAGCAAGGGCAGCAAGAGCAGGGAAGUCUGAUCUCUCAGCGGUGACACCUUGGCCCUGGCCAGCCCAUCAUUGGCCAUGGACACCCAGGCUGGAGAGGAAGGCUCAGGGGGUAAUGGCAGAGGAGGACCUGUGCUGCACAUUGUGGUGGUUGGCUUCCACCACAAGAAAGGGUGUCAGGUUGAAUUUUCAUACCCGCCACUGAUUCCAGGCGAUGGACAUGAUAGCCACCGGUUACCUGAAGAAUGGAAAUACCUGCCUUUCCUUGCUUUACCCGAUGGUGCUCACAACUUCCAGGAAGACACAGUAUUUUUUCAUCUCCCUCCAAGGAGCGGGGACCGGAAAACAGUUUAUGGUGUUUCUUGCUACAGACAGAUUGAAGCAAAGACAUUGAAAGUGCGUCAGGCAGAUGUUACCAGGGAAACUGUGCAAAAAAGUGUUUGUGUAUUGAGUCAGCUGCCACUCUAUGGAUUACUUCAAGCAAAACUCCAGCUUAUUACUCAUGCCUACUUUGAAGAAAAGGAUUUUUCCCAAAUAUCUAUUCUUAAGGAACUCUAUGAACAUAUGAAUGGCUCAUUAGGCGGAAGUGCACUGGAAGGAUCACAACUAUAUCUUGGUCUGUCACCUCGGGACCUCGUCUUACAGUUUAGGCAUAAGGUCUUAAUCUUGUUUAAACUGAUUCUUCUUGAGAAAAAGGUUCUGUUUUUUGUUUCUCCUGUUAACAGACUGGUUGGUGCAUUGAUGACUGUCUUGUCUCUCUUUCCAGGUAUGAUUGAACAUGGGUUAACAGACAGUUCACAGUACAGACCACGGAAGAGCAUGUCGGAAGAUGUGGAAUUACCUGCUGUUGUGCCUACAGAGGAUUAUUUCUCUCCCGUUACUACCCAGGCAUCAACUGCAAAAGAAGUAGAGCAGUUUCACAACAUCCCAGCUGAAGUGCCUCUUUUUAAAUCAGAGAUGGACAUUAAUGGUAGUGUUGAACAAAUACGGCCUCCUUCCCACACAUCUCCAGAAUCUAUAGAGAGUGAUUGGGAGACUCUAGAUCCAAGUAUACUUGAGGAAUGUAUCACAAAGGAUGAAGAGGAAGUAGGAAGGCCAGAACAGACUGAUAAUUUUAACAAGGACCUGGUUUCUUCAGGGAGCAUUCCCAUUACAGUUCAACCUCAAUCUGCCACAGGACAGACCAUAUUCGUUCCAGGACUUAUAUCUGGGCUAGAAGAAGACCAAUAUGGAAUGCCUCUGGCCAUCUUUACAAAGGGCUAUUUGUGUUUACCAUACAUGGCACUGCAGCAGCAUCAUCUACUCUCUGAUGUUAGUAUUCGUGGAUUCGUAGCUGGGGCAACAAACAUUCUAUUUCGCCAACAAAAGCACCUGAGUGAUGCCAUUGUCGAGGUAGAAGAAACCCGAAUCCAAAUUCAUGACCCAGAGCUCAGGAAGAUCCUGAACCCUACAACCGCUGACCUCCGAUUCACCGAUCACCUAGUAAAGCACGUUACAGAAAACCGGGAUGAUGUGUUCUUGGAUGGCACAGGUUGGGAGGGUGGAGACGAAUGGAUAAGAGCUCAAUUUGCCCUCUACCUCCAUUCCUUACUUUCAGCCACGACACAGCAAGACAAUGAAAAGCUAUCAGAUUAUGGAUCUGCUUUUGUAAGCACUUGGAAAAUUACACACAAUUACAGAGUGUGGAACAGUAACAAACACCCAGCUCUCGCAGAGGUGAAUCCAAGCCAUCCAUUCCAAGGACAUUACAGUGUUGCUGAUGUAAAGUUAAGAUUUUCACACUCUGUUCAGAACAGUGAGCGUGGCAAGAAGAUUGGUAAUGCCGUAGCUACUACCAGCAGAAACAUGGUUCAGACUGGAAAAGCAGUGGGCCAAUCUGUGGGAGGAGCUCUAAUCAGCGCCAAGUCUGCAAUGUCCUCGUGGCUUUCUACAUUCUCUCAGCCAUCAACACAAGAGCCAGAUGAAGACAAGCACUAAAUAAGGCUGUGCUCUUCAUGGUGUAUCUAUAUAGCUGCACACCAGUGUCCGUGGCGCCAAUUUUUAUUCAUUGUUGGUGUUGGCAAAAGCCUGUUUCAUUGUAAGGACAAAUAAUGUGAACAGUUUGCUCAUUUUGCUUGGCCAACCACGGCUUACCCAUAUUACACAGGUAGCAGUUAUUGAAUUUGUUCCUCUAUAGUUUACAUUGCAAUUUAUCUUCGACUUGAAUUCUCUCACAAAUUGAUCUGCUUUUAUUUCUAUCUCAUUUUAUUGAUAGGGGCAAUUUGUUUGUGGGGUUUUCUGUCAUAUUUAGCAUUAAACUAAAAUAGAUUUUCUGCAAAUUCCAAGAUAAAUAUAUGCUAGUCCAAAAUUGCAAUUUACUCCAAUUCCAUUGGAUAAGCAAUCACAGAAAUGUUGAAUUUUAGGUCUAGAUUUCUCAAAACUGUUCUGAAGUUCACUUAUCCGGGAUCUUGAAAACAAAGUUAAGUAUUUGGUGUCUAGGUAAAGCAUCUAUUUUCCAAAGUAUUUUAACAUAUUAUGAUUAUUAUUGUAAAGCUCUCAACUUGCCCCUAAAAUCGCAAGAGAAGAGUAGUUAUUUCUGUCCGUUAAUUAUGAUGCCCAAUCUCUUAAAACCCCAUGAAGAAUAAAAGCAGAACACAGAGUCUAUGAACUUGCUAAACUUAGGGAGAAACGUCAGAGUGUACAAUGAAUUAAGGAGAUGCUGCUAUGGAUCAUAUGAUUCAAAGAAUAAGGGUAUUUUACCAAACUUGUAAUUCAUGUGGCUCUUGGUUUAUUACUUGGAGAUCAGGAGGUGUUUUUUUUUUUUUUUUUUGUAAGCUUCAAUCUAUUGUUGGCUUCUAUAUAUACACUGGAUUUACACCCCUGUAGUACAGAAAUGAAAGGUUUUACAAAUCAUUGAUGAUUUUUCUAUCUGAAUUUGUAGAUAUGGUCAGUAUUGAUUAGCACGGUAAAUGUUUUUCCUCUAACAUUGUUAUGUAAAACCGACCAGCUGUGUACCAUGGAGUGACUGUUUGUUUUUUGUUUCCUCCCUUUCUCAUCUUUUAUCCAGUUUUCUUUAUAAAUUCUAAAACAUUUUGCAACAAACAUUUUAGAGUAUAUAUAUAAAAAAUGUAAAAAAAAAAAAAAAUACACAACAGUUUUAAAUGUUGAGAAGUCAUGGUCAGAGUCCUUGUAUCAUAACCACUACAAAAUGGUUAUGGUGUUUGGUGUGUCCCUUUUAAUAAGUAGGUUGCAGAAAAUGUUUGUUUGAAGUGUAUUUUAUAAGACUGGUUUAUACUUAACCAAUUCUUUUCAUUUUGGAUACUGUAAUUCCAGUUUUCAUUGGAUGUUGUCAGGAAAGGUCUCUACAAACAUUAUUUCAA